AUGAACAAUUUCACUCAGGAUAUCGAGCCACCGCACGUCGGCGGGAUCAAAGGCCGCUGGCCCAAAAUUAACCCUUCCAAAAUUGCCAUUAUGGACCAGCGGUGGUUUUUCAAAUACUUUGAAGAGAAAAACCGGCUCAUUUCCGAGCGUAAAGCUCGUGGAGUAAAACUUGAGUUCAACACCUUGGGCAUUAUCAACGGCUUAAUUGAUCUAUCAAUUCAGGCACCACAAUAUAUUCGAUACGCCGAGGAGAAUACCUACGGAAUUCAUCCUCUCAAUGAAACCAUAAUCAACUACAUGAAGAUGGCAAAUUCCAUGCCAAACGGGUGUCAAGACCAGCUAGCAAGGUGCAAGCGGCUUACUCGAACAAGUCUUGUUCCGUAUUCAUAUUGCAGCGAAGCCCAUUAUCAAUGUCGGGAUAAUGUUGGCAACUCCCCCGGUGCACCCCGUGCUUUAUCUGAACCAAGCCAAAGUCCAAAACGCCAUCGGCGUGGACUUCAACUAUACGAGAAUCUCGAAUCCUGA